AUGUCCUACAGCUGCUGCUCUGGAAACUUCUCCUCUCGCUCCCUUGGAGGCUAUCAGCGCUGCCCAGGCUCCUUCUACCCCAGCAACCUGGUCUACAGCACUGACCUCUGCUCUCCCAGCUCCUGCCAGCUGGGAUCCUCUCUCUACAGUGGCUGCUAUGAGCCCAUCAGGUGCCUUACACCCUGUGUGGUGUCCCGUCCCUGCCAGACAUCCUGCUACCGCCUGAAGACCUCCAGGCUCUGCAGUCCCUGCUGGACAACUUAUGCUGGGUCUCUGGGCUUCGGGUCCAGCAGCUGCCACUCCCUGAGCUCUGGAUCCAGAAGCUGCUACUCACUGGGCUGCUGA